CGAGAGCCGACGGAGGUGCUAGGAUGCGCGCAGGGAGGGCCACUCCAAGCAACGCGCUGGCCUCGGGGUCACCGCCAGAUCCUGGAAGUGAUGGCGUUCCGAUGGGACCAUGGCUUGUGAAGACUUCCUGCCUGCCAGUCUGCUGAAGACGGAGCCAGUGGCCGAGGAGGGAGAGGAUGCUGUUGCCAUGCUCAGCGCCCCAGAGACCCUGUCGGAGGAGGAGCAAGAUGAGCUGAGACGGGAGCUUGCUAAGGUGGAAGAAGAAAUCCAGACUCUGUCUCAGGUGUUGGCAGCAAAAGAGAAGCAUCUCGCCGAGAUCAAGCGGAAACUUGGCAUCACUUCACUCCAGGAAUUCAAGCAGAAUAUCGCCAAAGGGUGGCAGGACGUGACGGCGACCUCUGCAUAUAAGAAGACAUCUGAAACCCUAACUCAGGCUGGACAGAAGGCUUCCGCUGCGUUUUCGUCUGUUGGCUCAGUCAUCACCAAGAAGCUGGAAGAUGUAAAUAUCCGCUCCAUUCAGCACUCGAUUAGCAUGCCUGCCAUGAGAAACUCACCAACUUUCAAGUCAUUUGAAGAAAAAGUUGAAAACUUAAAGUCUAAAGUAGGAGGAACCAAGCCCGCUGGCGGUGAUUUUGGAGAAGUCCUAAAUUCCACAGCAAAUGCUACUAGUGCCACAAGCACGGAGCCACCUCUGGAACAAGCGCAGGAGAGUCCCUGAGCUGCUGCCCUCCGCUCUGCGGCCCACUGCCGAAUGCUGCAAGUGAGACUGAAGC